AGAGAGAGAGAGAGAGAGAGAGAGAGAGUUUGGAGCAAAGCUUUUGAGAAGAAGGGAGAAUGGCGUCUUCGCUGAUGAAGUGGCUGGUGGAUCCAAAGAAGAACUGGUUCGCGGCUCAGCACAUGAAAGCCGUCUCUAACCGCCUUCGCAAAUACGGCCUUCGAUAUGACGAUCUGUACGAUCCGCUUUACGACCUGGACGUGAAGGAAGCCUUGAAUCGCCUUCCUCGAGAGGUCGUUGACGCCAGAAAUCAACGCCUUAAGCGAGCUAUGGACCUAUCCCUGAAGCACAAGUACCUCCCUGAGCAUUUGCAGGCGAUGCAGACACCAUUUAGGAGUUACCUUCAAGAUAUGUUGGCCCUUAAUUGCAAGACUUCAGUCUGAUUUUCGCAGAAAGCUUGGAAAGCCCAAGGACCCUCUUUAUUAGGCCUGUAAACCCCCACUGCUUGAAGUGGGGUUGAGUCAGCUUAAAAUGCAACCAUCUUCGCUUGGUAGGGCUUGAAAGGCUAUAAAGUUAUCCUUUUCUCUAGUAUUUUCAAUCCAAGCUGUGAUAGGGAAAGCCGCAAGCAGCCCUAUUUUGUAAACUUUUAGAUGUAUUUUGGUACCUUAUAGGAGUAGACUUAGUACACAAUUGUUGAACAACUUCAAUUUUUCUUCAAUCACUUUUUUCUUUUGUGUGUUUUGCGUCUCUUUUUCUUUUAUUUUCUUCAAUAAAUCCAAGCUCUAGAUGAUUGUUCACUUGCCUUCUUUGCCUUUAUUUUCUGUCUUCUCUUUGAUUUCAUCUUCAUCUUCCUCUUCUCUUCUUCUCCAUUCCUCUACAUUUGUUCUUCCCUCGAUUUUGCAUCAUCGGCCAUACUGUAGUUCUUGAUCUGUGGAAUGGCUGGGAAGAGGGAGUUUCAAAAAAACCACUGAUACUCUUGAUUGACCUGCAGAAUUGCAAGACUUCAGUCUGAUUUUUACAGAAAGCUUGGAAGGCCCAAGGACCCUCUUUAUUAGGUCUGUAAACCCCCACUGCUUUAAGUGGGGUUGAGUCAGCUUAAAAUGCAACGAUCUUUGCUUGGUAGGGCUUGGAAGGCUAUAAAGUUAUCCCUUUCUCUAGUAUUUUCAAUCCAAGCUGUGAUAGGGAAAGCCGCAAGCAACCCUAUUUUGCAAACUUUUAGAGGUAUUUUGGUACCUUAUGGGAGUAAACUUAGUACACAAUUGUUGAACAACUUCAAUUUUUCUUCAAUCACUUUUUUCUUCUAUGUUUUUUUGGGUCUCUUUUUCUCUUAUUUUCUUCAAUAAAUCCAAGCUCUAGAUAAUUGUUCCGAAUGAAAAAGAAAACUAGACAAGAAUUGCUGGGUAUGCCAGUUCAUUUCUUUACUUGAAGGAUGAAGGUAAUGAUUGUGGUGUAAGCAACAAAAGAAUAGAUGAAUCUUUCAACUAACUUAGUAUUGAGUAUUUAUGGAAAUUACAGUAGUACCCUUUUGUUUUUUGUUUUUUGUUUUU